AUGUAUAAUUCAACUAUCGGCCGUACUCCUCCGGCUACACAAAAUGAUGUUUUCGAUUCUAACUGGGAAAGAUCUUUUGGGUUUCACCCUCCUGGUGGUUUAAAUUUAUGUGAAAGAAAUUCUUUGCUUAUUUCACGAGUAAAACUCCCAUCAACAUAUAAACCAGAGGAAGAUGAGGAAAAAUGUCCCAUAUGCAUUGAGGGUUUUUUACCUGGCCAAAGUGUAAUUUUUUUACCUUGCUGCCAUAAGAUCCAUAAAACCUGUUUUUGGAAGUUAUCUAAAGAUUAUAGAUGUUGUUCUAUAUGCAAAAUGGACAUGUCUAAAGGAAUUUACUAUAGGAAUUAG